UCCCGGGCCGUCACCACCACUCCGAUAGCCAGACCCUGGGCUCUUGAGGCCUGACCAGACCCCCCAAAUCCGGGGGGCCUGGCGCCCGCGGUAGAGGAGCCAUGCGGGCCCCCUGUUUACUCAGGUAGGACCCAGGUCCCUCAGUCUGGCGUCUCUCCUUCCCCUAGGUCUUUGCCGCCAGGCUCGGACACUGCAGAGCCAUGUCCAUCCUCUACGUCUCCCCGCACCCCGAUGCCUUCCCCAGCCUCCGAGCCCUCAUCGCCGCGCGCUACGGGGAGGCUGGGGAGGGCCCGGCCGCCGUCCUCGUCCAACAGUGGGUCAGCUACGCCGACACGGAGCUAGUACCAGCUGCCUGUGGGGCAACGCUGCCCGCCCUGGGACUGCGCGGCUCCGUCCAGGACCCCCAGGCUGCACUGGGGGCCCUGGGAAGGGCCCUGAGCCCCUUGGAAGAGUGGCUUCGGCAGCACACCUACCUGGCCGGGGAGGCUCCCACUUUGGCUGACCUGGCGGCUGUCACAGCCUUGCUGCUGCCCUUCCGAUAUGUCCUGGAUCCCUGUGUGCGCCGGAUCUGGGGUAAUGUCACUCGCUGGUUCAUCACCUGUGUCCAGCAGCCAGAAUUCCGGGCCGUGCUGGGAGAGGUGGUUCUGUAUUCAGGGGCCAGGCCUCUCUUCCAACAGCCGGGCCCUGAGGUCACUGCACCUCCAAAGACACCUGCUCAACUGAAGAAAGAGGCAAAGAAACGGGAGAAGCUAGAGAAAUUCCAACAGAAGCAGAAGAUCCAACAGCAGCAACCACUGCCCAGGGAGAAGAAGCCAAAACCAGAGAAGAGGGAGAAGCGGGAUCCUGGAGUUAUUACCUAUGAUCUCCCAACCCCACCUGGGGAAAAGAAAGAUAUCAGUGGCACUAUGCCCGACUCCUACAGCCCUCAGUACGUGGAGGCAGCCUGGUAUCCGUGGUGGGAGCAGCAGGGCUUCUUUAAGCCAGAGUAUGGACGUUCCAGCGUGUCAGCACCUAAUCCACGGGGCGUCUUCAUGAUGUGCAUCCCACCCCCAAACGUGACAGGCUCCCUGCACCUGGGCCACGCGCUCACCAACGCCAUCCAGGAUUCCCUGACCCGAUGGCACCGCAUGCGCGGGGAGACCACCCUGUGGAACCCCGGCUGUGACCACGCAGGCAUUGCCACGCAGGUGGUCGUGGAGAAGAAGCUCUGGCGCGAGCAGGGGCUGACCCGCCACCAGCUGGGCCGCGAGGCCUUUCUGCGGGAGGUCUGGAAGUGGAAGGAGGAGAAAGGGGACCGGAUUUACCAUCAGCUGCGGAAGCUCGGCAGCUCCUUGGAUUGGGACCGAGCCUGUUUCACCAUGGACCCCAAACUGUCCGUGGCUGUGACAGAGGCCUUUGUCCGGCUCCACGAGGAAGGCAUCAUCUACCGCAGUACCCGCCUCGUCAACUGGUCCUGCACCCUCAACUCUGCCAUCUCCGACAUCGAGGUGGACAAGAAGGAGCUGACGGGUCGCACCCUGCUCUCCGUGCCUGGCUACAAGGAGAAGGUGGAGUUUGGGGUCCUCAUCUCCUUUGCUUACAAGGUCCAAGGCUCAGAGAGCGAUGAGGAGGUGGUGGUGGCGACAACUCGGAUCGAGACAAUGCUGGGAGAUGUGGCCGUAGCUGUGCACCCCAAAGAUCCCAGAUACCAGCACCUGAAGGGGAGGAGCGUGGUCCACCCGUUCCUGUCUCGCAGCCUCCCCGUGGUCUUCGAUGAUUUCGUGGACAUGGAGUUCGGCACAGGUGCGGUGAAGAUCACCCCUGCACAUGACCAGAACGACUACGAGGUCGGGCGGAGGCACGGGCUGGAGGCCAUCAGCAUCAUGGACUCCCGGGGGGCCCUGGUCAAUGUGCCCCCCCCUUUCCUGGGCCUGCCCAGGUUUGAGGCCCGGAAGGCGGUGCUGGCGGCGUUGAAGGAGCGGGGCCUGUUCCGUGGCAUCCAGGACAACCCCAUGGUGGUGCCGCUUUGCAACCGGUCCAAGGACGUGGUGGAGCCCCUGCUGCGGCCGCAGUGGUACGUGCGCUGCGGGGAGAUGGCCCGGGCGGCCAGUGCAGCCGUGGCUCGGGGCGACCUCCGCAUCCUGCCUGAGGCCCACCAGCGGACGUGGCACGCCUGGAUGGACAAUAUCCGGGACUGGUGCAUCUCCCGGCAGCUGUGGUGGGGCCAUCGCAUCCCAGCCUACUUCGUCACUGUCCGCGACCCAGCCGUUCCCCCCGGGGAGGAUCCCGACGGGCGGUACUGGGUGAGUGGGCGCAGCGAGGCCGAGGCCCGUGAGAAGGCAGCCAAGGAGUUUGGAGUGUCCCCUGACAAGAUCAGCCUCCAGCAAGAUGAGGACGUAUUGGACACGUGGUUUUCCUCUGGCCUCUUCCCCUUCUCCAUCCUGGGCUGGCCCAACCAGUCAGAGGACCUGAGUGUGUUCUACCCGGGGACCCUGCUGGAGACGGGCCACGACAUCCUCUUCUUCUGGGUGGCCAGGAUGGUCAUGCUGGGCCUGCAGCUCACCGGCAGGCUGCCCUUCCGAGAGGUCUACCUGCACGCCAUCGUGCGCGAUGCCCAUGGCCGGAAGAUGAGCAAGUCUCUGGGCAAUGUCAUCGACCCCCUGGAUGUCAUCCACGGAGUCUCCCUGCAGGGCCUCCACGACCAGUUGCUGAACAGCAACCUGGAUCCCAGUGAGGUGGAGAGGGCUAAAGAAGGGCAGAAGGCAGACUUCCCGGCAGGGAUUCCCGAGUGCGGCACCGAUGCCCUCCGGUUUGGACUGUGCGCCUACACAUCCCAGGGGCGUGACAUCAACCUGGACGUGAACCGGAUCCUGGGCUACCGCCACUUCUGCAACAAGCUCUGGAACGCCACCAAGUUUGCCCUUCGUGGCCUGGGCAAGGGUUUCGUGCCCUCGGCCACCUCCGAGCCUGGAGCCCACGAGAGCCUGGUGGACCGCUGGAUCCGCAGCCGGCUGACCGAGGCCGUGAGGCUCAGCAACCAAGGGUUCCAGGCCUACGACUUCCCGGCCGUCACCACCGCCCAGUACAGCUUCUGGCUCUAUGAGCUCUGUGAUGUCUACCUGGAGUGCCUGAAGCCUGUGCUGAGUGGGGUGGACCAGGUGGCUGCUGAGUGCGCCCGCCAGACGCUCUACACCUGCCUGGACGUUGGCCUGAGGCUCCUCUCGCCGUUCAUGCCCUUCGUGACUGAGGAGCUGUUCCAGAGGCUGCCCCGGCGGCUGCCGCAGGCACCCCCCAGCCUCUGCGUCACCCCUUUCCCAGAGCCCUCAGAGUGCUCCUGGAAGGACCCUGAGGCAGAGGCGGCCUUGGAGCUGGCCCUGAGCAUUGCCCGAGCCGUGCGCUCCCUGCGUGCCGACUACAACCUCAUCCGGACCCGGCCUGACUGUUUCCUGGAAGUGGCUGACGAGGCCACAGGCGCCCUGCGCGCCGCCGUGGGCUACCCGGUCAAGGUGCCCCUCAAAGUCCAGGAGGCAGACGAGGCCAAGCUGCAGCAGACAGAAGCAGAGCUCAGGAAGAUGGACGAGGCCAUCGCCCUGUUUCAGAGGAUGCUGUGACACACCAGCCCUCAGCCCCGUGGCCGACCGGGGGCAGCAAUAAAUAUUUUGCCACAAAACCA